AUGUACUCCAACUCGGGAAAAUGGAACGAUGCUGCACGGGUUCGGAAUUUGAUGAGAUCUCGAGGAGUGAAGAAAGAGCCUGCGUGUAGUUGGAUUGAAGUUGACAAUAUGGUCCAUGUAUUUUUGGUGGAUGAUACUAAGCACCCUGAGGUUCAGAAGGUGUAUGAGUAUCUUGAGGAAUUGGUUUCUAAAAUGAGGAAAUUAGGGUAUGUUCCGGAUACGAAGUUUGUGUUGCAUGAUAUGGAGAAUGAGCAAAAGGAAUAUGUGUUGUCUACUCAUAGUGAAAAGCUUGCGGUUGUUUUUGGGAUUUUGAAGCUUCCUUCGGGAGCCAUGAUUAGGGUUUUCUAG